AUGACUAAUGUUAGUUACUUGCCAAUGUAUGCAACGUCCGAGAAUACGGUUUCAACCCCUCCACCUACCGUCUCUAAUGAAAUGCCACCUCCUCACACUAAGAAGCGAAAGAACCGUUCAGAGGCUUGGAAUCAUUUCAUUAUAUCGUCAGAAGAAGAACAAAAAGCUUCGUGCAAGUACUGUGACACAAAAAUUAAGUAUAAUAAUGGAACUAGUUCUAUGCAUGCUCAUUUAUCAAGAUGCCUUGUUUACAAGAGACAAAGGACAUCAUCUUCUAUGACAAGUGCUGAAGAACAUGUUGGCUCUCCUUUAAUUGUCAAGUUUGACCAAGAAGCUAUUCGAAGAGCAAUGGUUAAGAUGUUCAUUAACAUGGAGAUUCCUUUUCGGAAGGUUGAACAUGAGUCUUUUCAUGAAUUUAUGAGUCUCGCUUCACCAAGAUUUCAGAUUUGUUCGCGCACAACAUUGGCACGCGAUGUCUUGAAACUAUGGAACACGGAAAAAAUGAUUUUGAAAAACUUUCUCUCUCUGAAUUGUCAAAGAGUUUGUCUCACCACUGAUAUGUGGACUUCUUGUCAAAAGUUGAGCUAUAUGUGUGUGACGGCCCAUUUCAUUGACAAUAAUUGGAACUUACAGAAGAAGAUCUUAACUUUUUGUCAAGUCACAAGUCAUACAGGGGAUGCUAUUUGUGAAACAAUAGAGAUAUGUUUGAACAAUUGGGGUUUAAACCGUGUGCUUAGUUUGACGGUUGAUAAUGCUUCAUCUAAUGAUGUUGGGGUUGAACGUCUCAAGAGAAGGCUCUUGUCUAAGAAUAGUUUAGUUAUGAGUGGAAACCAUUUUCAUAUGAGGUGUUGCGCACACAUAUUGAAUUUAAUUGUGAAAGAAGGUUUGAAAGACAUUGAUGAUUCUGUUUAUAGAGUUCGUCAUGCUGUUUGGUAUGCUAGAUCUUCUCCCGCGAGGCUCGCUAAAUUCAAGGCAUGUAUUGAUGAGGAGAGCAUGGACUAUAAAGGUUUAGUUUCUCUAGAUGUUGAGACUCGUUGGAAUUCAACUUACUUGAUGUUAGUAUCUGCAUCAAAACAUGAAAGAACCUUUGAAGAAUUCGGUUUUCGAAAUAAAAGGUAUGUGAAUGAGUUGACAAAAAAGGGAAAAGGUGUCCCGAUGAAAGACGAUUGGAAGCAUAUCAACUUAAUCAUUCCAUUCUUGAAGUUGUUUUAUGAUGCCACUGUACAUAUAUCAGGGUCUUCUUAUUUGACAAGCAAUAUUUAUAUGUUUGAGGUCUUGGGUAUUGGAAAGAGCAUUGUGGAUAUGUGUGCGUGUGACGAUGAACAUCUACGUUCAGCAUCUCAAAAGAUGAAAAAGAAGUAUGAUAAGUAUUGGGGAUCUCAUGAGAAGCUUAACAUGAUGUUGUUGAUUGCUCUAGUUUUUGACCCUAGACGCAAGGUUAGAUUGGUUGAUUGGAUGGUACGACGAUAUUAUAAUAAGGUUGAUGCUGAUGCCUUGAAAGAAACCUUAGAGUCUUGCUUGAAAUCUAUUUAUGAGGAAUAUUGUACUGGGUUCAUGCCUCCUCAAGAUAAUCCACAUGAGUCGCAAGUUUUUGGUAAUGUUAGUCAUCCAUACGGAACUGCUGAGUUUUAUCUUUCAGAAGGGUGUGACAAUGCAGAUAAUGAGUUAACCACUUAUCUUGGAGAGAAGUUAGAGCAUAACAUGGAGAUAAAUGUUCUCGAGUGGUGGAAAGUAAAUUCUGGUCGUUAUCCCAUCCUUGCAAACAUUGCAAGAGACGUGCUUGCUAUACCAAUAAGCACAGUGGCGUCUGAAUCUGCAUUUAGCACAGGAGAAAGGGUGCUUGAUCCAUAUCGCAGCUCAUUAACACCAACAACUGUCGAAGCACUGAUAUGCACCCAGGAUUGGCUCAAAGGAACAUCUUCAUCAUUGAUUACAAAUAAAGAUUUUGAUAUUCUUGAGAGAUUGGAGCAAGAAUUACUUUAUACAAAAGAUGGUGCUAGUUGUUCAACCUCUUCAACCUCUGUUGCGCUCGAAGAGGACUUAACGACUUGA